AUGUCGGACGGUAUCGGUAUCGCAAACUUGCCCAACCAAAGGCAUAAGAUCACUUCUCAACAUGGCGCUCAUUUCACCAUCAUGGUAGUUGGUGAAUCCGGUCUAGGCAAAACGACGCUCAUCAACACCCUCUUCGCUACUGAGAUUUGCGCUCCAAGGAAUUACCGUCAACGAUUCGCAAAGCAAUUAGACAAAACCACUGAGAUUGAGAUCCUCAAAGCCGAUCUGGAAGAGAGAGGUUUCAACAUCAAGUUGACCGUAAUUGAUACACCUGGAUUCGGUGACUACGUGAACAACCGAGAUAGCUGGACACCUAUCGUCGACUUCAUUGACGACCAACAUGAAUCAUACAUGAGACAGGAACAACAACCGCACAGAAAGGAUAAGCAAGAUUUGAGAAUUCAUGCUUGUUUGUAUUUCGUUAAGCCUACUGGAACGACCCUCAAACCCCUCGAUGUCGAAAUCAUGAAAAGACUCGGUACCAGGGUCAACCUCAUUCCUGUGAUUGCUAAAGCAGACACUAUGGUUCCAGAGGAUCUACUCAACUUCAAGACUAUUAUCCGCGAAGUUGUCGCUGCCCAAGGAAUCAAGAUCUACACUCCUCCCGUUGACACUGAAGACGAUUCAGUCGCUGAGCACGCUAGGAUCAUGCAAUCAGUCAUGCCAUUUUCCAUCAUUGGAAGUACCCAAGACGUAACCACUCCCGAUGGAAGAGUUGUCAAAGGUAGAGAAUACCUCUGGGGUGUCGCCGAGGUCGAGAACGAAGAUCACUGCGACUUCAAGAAACUUCGAUCGCUGUUGAUCCGAACAUACAUGUUAGACCUGAUAACGUCGACUGAGGAGAAUCACUACGAAGCUUACAGGCUGGCACAAAUGGAAACUCGUAAAUUCGGUGAACCCAAAGUUAGAAAACUUGAUAAUCCCAAAUACCGUGAGGAAGAGGAGAUGCUCAGGAAGAGAUUUACUGAACAAGUUAAACUCGAAGAAUCUAGAUUCAGGCAAUGGGAACAACAUCUCAUCGCUGAGAGAGAUAGACUCAAUAAGGAUCUGGAACAAGCUCAUACCGCUAUCAAAGCUUUAGAGGCCGAAUUGGAUCAAGUUGCCGCUUAUCACAGACAAGGAGGUACAGUCGGUCGACGAUAG